CCCGGGCGAAGCCAAUCUUUUUUUGCGUUUUUCCAGAAAAACAAUAAUCACAUUUCCAUACACCAAGAAGGUAGUUUAAUGUUAUCUUCAUCACUUUCUCAACUGCCCCUUUCUCAUUAGACCCUUUUGACCAGGAUGGCACUUCAUCUCUCAGCUCUGUUAAAUGUUGGCUCCUUGUAUUCAACUUCUCCUCCGAGAACCCAGUUAGUGAAGUCUUCGAAACUGGCUUCACAAAAUGUUGUGUCUUUUUCGAGAUUUUCGAGCUCUAGCUUCUUGUCUGCCUCUUCCUCAUUGUUGGGUAUUGCUCCCCUGGCUUCGUCAAUCAGGACAUUUACUCCACUAGUUUCCCCGGUCCGCGCAAUGGCUCAGGACACUGAGGUGCAAUCGAAAGUGACCAAGAAAGUGUUUUUUGAUAUUAGUAUUGGGAAUCCGGAAGGGAAGCUUGUUGGGAGGAUUGUGAUUGGUUUGUUUGGAGAUGAUGUGCCCCAAACAGCAGAGAAUUUCCGUGCAUUGUGCACAGGUGAGAAGGGCUUUGGCUACAAAGGGUCUGCAUUUCAUCGUGUCAUUAAGGAUUUUAUGAUUCAAGGAGGAGAUUUUGACAAGGGAAAUGGAACUGGCGGGAAAAGCAUAUAUGGCCGCAUGUUCAAAGAUGAAAACUUCAACUUAAUUCAUACUGGACCUGGAACUGUUAGCAUGGCAAAUGCUGGGCCCAAUACAAAUGGUAGUCAAUUCUUCAUUUGCACUGUCAAGACAUCAUGGCUUGAUGGGAAGCAUGUCGUGUUUGGCCAAGUUCUAGAAGGCAUGGACAUUGUGAAGAAAAUUGAGUCCCAGGAAACAGACAGGGGAGAUCGACCAAAGUUAAAGGUUGUGAUAAGUGAUUGUGGAGAGCUUCCAACGAUUUAAAGAUUGAUCGCAGUAUUCAGCCAUCCUAUUUUUCUCUUCUGGUGAACAUGUUGAGCAAUUAGAACUUAGAAGCAUCUAAUGCCUGGCUAACCAUCUGUAUGGCUAGUAUUUUGUAUUUCAGGCUGUGUACCAGUUUAUUGUCUCAAUUAUAUCAUGUUAAAAAAAAAUUCAGAAUCGAAGUUAAGUGUGCAAUACUACAUCAGAAUUAUCAUUUUGCAUGCA